CUGGGGUCGAAAGUGGUGGGGUUGAUUGGAUCGACUUUGACGAUCUCAAAUUCCUGCAGCUUGCAUUUUGUACUGAAACACCGGAAUCUGGCGUCUCCUAGACUUGGCCAUUGCAUUCUAAACUCCUGCUGCUGCAUCUGAAUCGCUUCCAUCAGACAGUACUGUUUACAGGAUUCGUAUGAGAGCCUCCACCAUACCACUUUGCACAUCUGGAAGUACACACUAAAGCAGGCCAACACAACCAAAAUUUGCGCCAUGGAAACACAAGCCCAGAUCACAGGGAUCAAGCCAGGUGACCACGACGCAUACAUGCGCCUCGCCCUCUCACUGGCCACAAGAUCACCACCCAAGCCCACAAACUACCGAGUUGGUGCCCUCGUGGUCGACGUGGCCACAAACGAGAUCCUCGCGACUGGAUACACGCUCGAGCUGCCCGGAAAUACACACGCAGAGCAGUGCUGCAUCGAAAAGCUUGCCAAGCAGUAUGCUGUAGAUCCUGCACUGCUCAGUCAAGCUCUGCCGGACGAAGUGGCCAUUUACACCACUGUCGAGCCGUGCAUUCUGAGGCUGAGUGGAAACAAGCCUUGCGUGGAAAGGAUUUUGGAUAUUGGCAAAAGCAGAGUCAAAACGGUUUAUGUUGGCGUGCAAGAGCCAGAUACUUUCGUCAGCGGCAACUCGGGCAGUCAGAGGCUCAAAGACGCGGGCAUAGAAGUUGUUCAUGUGCCAGGAUUAGAAGACGAGAUCUUGGCGGUCGCUACGGCUGGUCAUAAAGCUGCAACUUGAUUUUGCUGAAUCAGGUACAUAAGUCUAUGAAUUUCUUCUGCGCUCA